AUGUCUGGCAACGGCGACUCCCCGGCGGCUGCUGCCACCACGCCGAGGUCUCGUCUGCCGCGGUGGACACGGCACGAGACGAUGGUGCUGAUCCAGGCGAAGCACGCGACGGAGCGGCGGGCGGCGCAGCCGGUGCGCCUCAAGUGGGCUGUGGUGUCGGCCUACUGCCGGCGGCACGGCGUGGAGCGUGGGCCCAUGCAGUGCCGCAAGCGCUGGGGCAACCUCUCCUGGGACCUCAAGAAGAUCGUCGCAUGGGAGAAGAACCUCGCCGCCGGCGCCACCGCAGAGACGACGGCUGCGCCGCUCGGCCCGUCGUUCUGGGACAUGCGAGGGGAGGAGCGGCGCGGGAGGCAGCUGCCGUCCUCGUUCGACCGGGAGGUCUACGACGCCAUCGUCGGCGGCGCUAACACCAAGCUGCUGUCGUCGCCAGACUCCGUCGAGGAAAUGGACCUCGCCGAGGGCGGUGACGACGCGGACGAGCAUCCUACGCCGCCACCGCAGCCGAUCAUGGCCGUGCCCAUCUCAGUGAGGAUGUACGAGCCAGUGCCACCAGCCUCCUCCCAAUCUCAACAAGAAUGCUCUGAUCCAGUGACGGAGAGCGCCAAGAAACCGGCGUCGGAGAAGAACUCGACGUCGCAGCAGGACAGCGAGGCGACGUUCGGCGCAGGAGUCGGCGCUGCGGAUGGCACGGCCACGGCGACGGGGGCGACGACGAGCUUGGGGAGGCUAGUGGCGGAAGCGCUGGAGAGGGGGAACCGUGUGCUGGCGGAGCAGCUUGAGGCGCAGAGGGCGAGCUGGGACGCGGACAGGGAGCACCGCAGGGCGCUCCUCGGCGCCGUCAACAAGCUCGCCGAUGCCGUCGCCAGGAUCGCCGACAAGCUCUGA